AUGGCUCUCCUUUUUGUCAUUGGCGAGACUGGUCCCAAUGUCUCCGUCGACGAGUUCAACGACUGGUACGAUAAUGAGCACGCUCCCAAGCGUCUCACCGUCCCUGGCUUCGACACCGCGCGCCGCUACAAGGCCGUCGACGCACAGACUCCCACCUGGCUUGCCAUCUACGACCUCGCGUCGCCCUCGGUCCCCUUUGACGCGCCGUACAAGUCUUUAGUGCCUUCUGACAAGGACAAGUCCAUCAUCCCGCGCCUCGAGUUCUUCACUCGCAGCGUCUGGGAACUCAUCUCCGAGCAGCCGUCAUCUGCACUCACGGCCGCCCCAGCGCACCUUCUCAUCGUCACCUGUCUCGCAACUGGCCAAAAGGAAUCCGACGAGCUCAACAAGUGGUACGAGACAGAACAUAUACCCGACAUUCUAGCAGUCGGCUGUACCCGCGCCCGCCGCUACAAGCUCGUCGAGAGCGUCGAUCUUACUAAAAAGACCAACCCUUCGCCAGACGAGGUCCACAAUUACCUCGCAGUGUACGAUUUUCCGAACGGGGACUACAUUAACAACCCCGCGUUCGGCGCGAGUGUUCGUACGCCUUGGGCACUCAAGGCUCUCGCACCCCCCGUGCAGAUGGCUCUACGCCGCUUCGAGCUCCAUAAAGACAUCCAGAACCCAGAAGGUGGGCAUUUCGUUCUCACACGCGUGCAGCUCUUACCAAUCGAUUUUCUCAGCGUGAAAAAAGACUGUGUUCCAAUGUAUUACCAAUGUAUGCUGGAAAAUAAAGCCCGACUUGCUUCUCACGAAAGCCUUCUCAUGUGCUCAAGAAAGAUAAAGAAUGGAUUCAAGAUCAAAGGUACCGACGGCCUAUAA